GAAUCGACGCGGUCAAAAAAGGUCACGUGUAAACCUCGUCGACAAUCUCGCUCCCUCCAUAUAGAUCUCAUCUCCUCCGAUUAACGAAUGAGGACCUCCGCCGCCGUAGCCGCCGCUUCCAAGCCUCCUAAUCCACUCGUCGCCUUCGAGCACAAGAGGGAUGCGUAUGGAUUCCCUGUGAGACCUCAACAUGUGCAGAGAUACAGAGAAUAUGCUGAUAUUUACAAGGAGGAAGAAGAAGAAAGAUCGGACAGGUGGAGCAGUUUCUUGGAAGAUCAUCAUGCUGACUCCACUGAUGAGCCAUCUUCUGAAAAUAGUCAUGCGCAGUUUAGUGAAAGUGGGAAAGAAAAGGAAGAUGACAAGUUAGGUGCUAAGGAUGUAACUCCUGAUGAUGCGAAUGGAGAAGAAGGUUUCCCUGACAUGGAGAAGAGUGUUCACAGAGUUCAGUUAUGGACUGAGGUUAGACCGUCUCUGCGGUCAAUUGAAGAGUUGAUGAGUGUCCGUGUCAAGAAGAAGGUGGAUUUAUCGAAAGGCGAGCAAGAGGAUCCGAAGGGAAAAUCUUCACCCUCAUUUGAUGAUGCCAAAUCUACCAAGGGAGCUUCUGAGAAUGAUUCUGAAGACGAGUUUUAUGAUGUUGAAAGGACGGAUGUUCAGGAUGGUUCGUCUUCUGAUGGUAAUAGUGUCUCUGGCAUCCCUGUGGCUGGUGAUGCUACUUCUUUCUCAGCGUCUACAUGUCCCUGGAAGGAAGAACUUGAAGUACUCAUCCGAGGUGGUGUACCCAUGGCUCUGAGGGGGGAGCUAUGGCAAGCAUUUGUUGGUGUGAAGCAACGACGUAGCAAAGAUUAUUACCAAAACCUUCUUGCUGAAGAUAGUUCUGGAAACAGCAUAGAUCAGGAGGAUACGCAGCAUGUUGAUGAGAAAGGUGCAAAUACAGAGUCCCUUGCUGUUGUGGAAAAGUGGAAAGGACAGAUAGAAAAGGACUUGCCUCGGACGUUUCCAGGCCAUCCUGCACUAGAUGAUGAUGGUAGAAAUGCUCUGCGGCGUUUGCUUACUGCUUAUGCCAGGCAUAAUCCUUCUGUUGGAUACUGCCAGGCUAUGAAUUUCUUUGCUGCUCUUUUGUUGCUGUUAAUGCCCGAAGAGAAUGCGUUUUGGGCACUGACAGGAAUCAUUGAUGAAUACUUCAAUGGUUAUUAUUCAGAAGAUAUGAUUGAGUCCCAGGUUGAUCAACUAGUUCUGGAGGAGUUGGUUCGAGAAAGAUUUCCGAAAUUGGUUCAUCAUCUGGAUUAUCUUGGAGUGCAAGUAGCUUGGGUUACAGGGCCAUGGUUUCUUUCCAUCUUCAUGAAUAUGCUUCCCUGGGAAAGUGUUCUUAGAGUCUGGGAUGUGCUUCUCUUUGAAGGAAAUCGUGUUAUGCUUUUCAGAACAGCACUCGCAUUGAUGGAACUAUAUGGUCCUGCAUUAGUUACAACGAAAGAUGCGGGAGACGCUGUUACUUUGCUACAAUCACUGACUGGAUCAACAUUUGAUAGUAGCCAGCUCGUUUUAACUGCCUGCAUGGGUUACCAAAACGUACAUGAAAUAAGAUUGCAGGAGUUGCGAAGCAAGCAUAGGCCAGCGGUGAUAGCUGCACUUGAGGAACGAUCAAAGGGGCUUCAAGCUUUUAGGGAUUCUAAGGGCAUUGCCUCCAAACUAUAUAGCUUUAAGCAAGACCCAAAAUCUGUUUUGGUGGAUUCUAGCAAAGUCUCAUUGACAAAUGGGAGUUUGUCUCGAUCCGAGUCAGGAUCAAGUAAUGCGGAUGAAGUGUUAGUUAGCCUGACUGGGGACGGGGAGGUAGAUUCUGUUCAAGAUCUUCAAGCGCAGGUUAUGUGGUUGAAGGCCGAAGUCUGCAAGUUGCUUGAAGAGAAAAGAUCAGCUCUACUUAGAGCUGAAGAGUUGGAGAUUGCUCUCAUGGAGAUUGUCAAGCAAGAUAACCGGCGUCAAUUGAGUGCCAAGGUGGAAGAGUUAGAGCAAGAGCUGGCUGAAGUUCAAAGGCACCUCUCUGAUAAGCAGGAACAAGAAGGUGCAAUGCUGCAGGUCUUGAUGCGAGUGGAGCAAGAACAAAAGGUAACAGAAGAUGCACGAAGAUUUGCUGAGCAGGAUGCAGAAGCGCAGAGAUAUGCUGCUCAAGUUUUGCAGGAAAAAUAUGAGGAAGCAGUUGCUGCACUCGCUGAGAUGGAGAAGAGAGCGGUGAUGGCAGAGUCCAUGCUUGAAGCCACUUUGCAGUAUCAAUCUGGCCAACUCAAAGCACAACCUUCACCACGGUCAGGAAACCAAAGUCCGUCUACCAGAAACAUUAAUGAUCAGUUACCGGAACCUCCUCAAAGCCGGAUCAGUUUGCUAGCACGUCCAUUUGGACUAGGGUGGCGAGACAAGAACAAGAACACAACACCUGAGAAAACUGCGGAGCAUGUUAAUGAGGAGAAGCCAAAUGCAGAGGGAAAAGAAACCAACGCUGAAACAAAAGACGUUAAACUCCAAGACGCUUCCUAGGGUAUUAUAAAACCUUUUAAGCUCUUUUCCCACUAAAUCUUCAAGUAUUAGGUGGUAAAAUUGUUAAUUUCGAUUUGAAGUUUUGGACAUAUUUUAAAUACACAUUCAAUUUGUUGUUGGUUUGCUAAGCAUAUAAAAAAAAUUUGAACUCA